AUGAAAUUUGCGGUCGAAAAAGAGACACUUGCGAAAGUAUUCAUCCCUAGUGUGUUUACUAACAUGCCUUCACUACUUGUACCCCAAGCAAACGAUCAGGCAUGGCCUCUGUGUUUAAACCUCCCCAGGAUUUUCUCGAACGAGCUCAGUACUUCAAGUCAAGAAGAAAAUAAUGAAGUCAAAGAGUCGGCUCAGGAAGAUGCUUCAGAGAAUCAAAAUAGUUCCCGUACAGUUCCUAUAUGUACCCAUUAUGACAAAAAGCACUAUGCGAAAAACAUGUGCAACAAUUGCUAUCAUAGGUUCGGCAGAGACAAACUGGCUUGGAAUUGCCCUCAUAAAGAUAGACAGCAUUAUGCGAAGGGCAAGUGCCAAUUGUGCUACUUGCAAAAUUACCAUAGAUCUAAGGUCUUUGGGAAGAGAAGAAAGAGAAGAAACACGAAAACUCAAGCUGAAGUCCAGAUUAAGCAAUAA